CGCUUGACAUUUAUUACGCGCCAAAUAACAACAGUGCCCAAAGUUGUGUAGCAAUAGUAUUUUUGCAAUUAAUUUAUUUUAUAUCAUUAUAUACAAACACUAAUAACAAUUUAUUUAUAAAAUCCAUGGCGACGGUAAGACGGUCCACCAGGUUAAGUAGCGUAGUUAAAUCGUCAGAUUCACCGAACGCAGAUAUUUGGCAUCGUAGACAAGUAAAAAACGCUGCCGUGGCGGAAAGUGACAACGAUGAUGUAUCAAUAUUAACUGACGAAGAAAAUAAUGAGAAUUCCAAUAUGAUAAAUAAACUACGAAAAAAGUCAACCGAUCCCAACUAUGGAAAUAAAACACCUCGCAGCAAGAAAAUAAAUAAGCCAAUGCCAGCUUCAAAAAAGUUGGAGUUGCUUAGUAAACGUAAAACAUCAUCAAAGUAUUCCGACUCCAGUGAUGAUGAAUCCGAAACAUCUGAAAAACAUGCAUCACCACCAAAACAACCGCGACCAACACAAAAGUCAAAUGUACUGAGUCCAACACGUUUACUCGAUCGACUCAGUAUUGACGAAAGAAAAGAUAAUUUAGCAGACAAUUCCGAUGCUGAAGAAGCAAAUGAAACUAAAAAAAAAUCAAACGAAAAUUUAAAUUCAACUACAAAUAAGUAUCAAAAUGCCCGACGUGUACUCAACAGUGCAGAAACGCAACAUAUGCCAGGCCGUGAAGAGCAAUUAAAUGAGUUACGUGAAUUUUUUUCAGAACAUUUGAACAAUAAGACAUCCGCUAGUUUAUAUGUAUCUGGACAACCAGGUACAGGUAAAACGGCCUGUUUGUCAUUGCUAUUACGUUCUCCAGAAUUUUCUAAUCGUUUACAACGAGUUUAUAUUAACUGCACCUCAAUCGCCACUGUAGGUGGUGUUUACAAGAAGUUAUGCUCUGAACUAAAUUUACAACCAGCAGGACGCAAUGAGCGAGACUAUCUGGCAGCAAUACAACAACAUUUGCGUAAAGCGAAACGUAUGUUAUUAAUUGUUUUAGAUGAAAUUGAUCAAUUAUGUAACUCAAAGCAGUCUGUAUUGUAUACAAUUUUCGAAUGGCCUGCCAUACCCGAUGCUAAGUUGUUACUUGUGGGCAUAGCCAACAGCCUCGAUUUAACAGAUCGGGCUCUUUUGAGGCUUAAUGCACGUUGUGAACUUAAACCACGUCUGAUGCAUUUUCCGCCAUACACAAAAGAACAAAUUGUUAGCAUUUUUAAAGCUCGUUUAGCUGAAGCUGAUGUUUUAGACAUUUUUCCACCCGUUACACUGCAAUUGCUAGCGGCAAAAGUAAGCGCUGUUAGUGGAGAUGUACGUCGAGCAUUGGAUAUAGGACGACGUGUAGUUGAGAUAGCUGAACAACAAAAAAAAAGUGGACAGAACCAAAUGAAAUUAAGCGAUAUAAAAAAUAUUGAUAUUGAUGAUAAAAACGUAGCAGAAGAACCGUUAAAACCUGUGCAAAUCACACAAGUAGCUGCUGUUCUCAAUAAAGUCUACGGAGCUUCACAAAAUUUACAAGAAGAUAUCGAGGAAUCAUUUCCACUGCAACAAAAAAUUAUGCUUUGUACGUUAGUGUUAAUGCUGCGCAAAGAAAAAAAUAAGGACAUAACUAUUGGACGACUACAUGAAGUAUAUCGUCGUGUUUGCGCUAAAAGAAACAUACACUCAGUUGACCAAACUGAAUUUGCUGGACUAGUUGAUUUAGUUGAAACUCGCGGUAUAUUGCGUAUAAUGCGAAAAAAAGAACCACGCCUUAAUAAAGUCGUACUGCAGUGGGACGAAGAAGAAGUUAAUGGAGCUUUAAGAGAUAAACAACUUAUUGCUUCGAUACUUGACGAUACUGCUUGUUUAAGCAAAUAGUAAUUUUUUGAAAACUAUAUGUGCCUCAAGAGGUGCAAAAGACAAGUAAAUUAUUAUUAUUAUUGUAACAUUUUAUUAAAUUAGCAAAACACAUAAUCAUUUAAACUAUAACUAUAGACUGAUUUAGCGUGUAAAUGCUUUUAUAAAUCAAAUAAAA